GUUUUAAUAUGGUAUAUUAUUAGUCCAAGUUCAACAUAACCUUUCCCGUUUGGUGUGUAGUGAGGGACGUCGUCUAAACUCCUACAAAAAUGGCUAUUCGACCAGUAUAUAGGCCUACAAUUGUGAAGAAAAGGACGAAAAAGUUUAUUCGUCAUCAGAGUGAUCGUUAUAGUAAAUUAAAGAGAAAUUGGCGUAAACCUAAAGGUAUUGACAACAGAGUCCGUAGGCGUUUUAAAGGACAAUAUUUAAUGCCCAAUAUUGGUUAUGGAAGUAACAAGAAAACCCGCCACAUGCUACCAACUGGGUUCAGAAAAGUUUUGGUACACAAUGUUAAAGAACUAGAAGUUUUAAUGAUGCAAAACAGAAAAUUCUGUGCUGAAAUUGCUCAUGCUGUGAGCAGUAAAAAACGUAAAUCUAUAAUUGAGCGUGCUCGGCAACUGUCAAUAAGAGUGACUAAUGCCAAUGCAAGAUUACGUUCUCAAGAAAAUAAAUAAGAACAUAUUCU